AUGUCUCAACAAUCCAACUCUUCUCCUUCCAAGAACAUGCCUUGUUCUCCUAGCGCUGAACCAAGCAACCCUAACAGAGAAGAUCCUGUUGCUGACUCUGUGAAUACCCCACAUGCAAGAAGACCUAAAGAAACUGUAUCAGGCUUCUCCUCAUCCAUCGUUCUUGAGGAACGGACCAAAGAAGGUUCCAGGUAUGUUCACAAUGCCAUUGCCACUAUAGUGACUGGAAUACUGUCUGGAAAUCAUGAGGUCCCUGGGGUUUCCAUUCCCUUAAACACUAUUGAACCUGAUAGUGUUGCUGAUCAAGAAAAUACUGAGUCUUUAGGAAAGAAUAUCUCUGAUGAUGUUGAGCAAACUGAUGCCCAUAAGGAGUCAAAUGUUGACAAACCCUUAGAUAAUGUGGCUGGUGAGGAAGUUCAUGUCACUCAUGAUGUCAGUGACAACCCUAACUGUGAGGCUGAAACAGUAGACCUGGAGGAAUUUUCUGAUAAUGAGUUAUUGUCCUCUGUCCUCCCUAGCAUAGCCAAAAGGGUUAGGACUAGGAGAGAAAAGAAAACUGUGGCUCAAAGGUCCCCCAGAAAUAAGAUUGAUGUUCCAACCUCUUCCAAGACAACGGUGGCAGUCGAGAGUUCCCUUAAGAGGAAAGUUCAUGGUCCAACCAAAUCUUGGAGCAAAGUGAAGAGGCUGGCUUUGGAAAGGGAAUUAGCUCAGAAUGUCCUAGACUGUAAGGAUAUUAUGGAUCUUAUUCAAGAGGCUGGUUUAAUGAAGACUGGGACUCAGUUUUCAAAGUGCUAUGAGAUGUUGGUAAAGGAAUUUAUUGUUAAUUUGUCUGAAGAAUGUGCUGAUGGCAAGUCUAAGGAAUUCAGGAAAGUGUAUGUGAGAGGCAAGUGCGUAAAUUUCUCUCCUUCAGUGAUCAACAAGUAUUUGGGAAGGCCUGAUGAAGCUCAAUCUGAGCUUGAGUUUCCAAACAUCUUAAUUGAGAAUGAUUCUGUGAAGAAAAGAGACAACCCUAUGUUUUUCAAUCAUAAGCUGUUCCUAGGUACCCAUGUCCCUGACAUUGUCAUGACAUCAGGUGAGACAUCACGUGUAAGCAAUCAGCCAGGUAAAACUGCUGUCAUUGCAAUGCUCAAAGAAACCUGCAGGGAAUUAGAGGCAAGGAAGCUGAACUUGGAAAAAUUGAUUAGCUCUUUGGAGAUGACUGAAGGUGAUGUGCUAGUUGAUGCUGGAGAAUUUGGUGAAGCUGCUGCUGUUGCAGAAGAAGCUGAAAGACAAGGUGAAGAGGGAGAAGCAGAUGCCAGUCCUGAUGAUGGCACAGAUGAUGAUGCUGACUCUGAAUCAGAUGACUAG